AGUCCCCUUUAACCUUUGACCUGAUUCAGUGUUCGAUUGCUAACAAGGCAGCGUUCAAAGUUGUGCCCAUGCAAAUAACGGUAGUUAUAAUCUAGCACUACCUACUGAAUGUCAAAACAGAAAUUCUAACGUUACCUACACGUCUUUUAUCUGGAAGUCCACCCAGAAGAACAAUGUACUGCAGCUAAGGCCCUCCCUCUCCCCCCGAGAACAUCUGGCCUGUGGCUCUUGGAGGAAUGUUCAUCUCUUCAGAGGAACAGACACGUGCUCUAGGUGUCCCCAUGAGGGAGCAUUGCUGUUGAGAGCCCUCCUCCACAGGCCUCUUGCAGCUCAAAGGCAGAAAUGGACGAUUUCCCAACUCGGACUUAUGGGACAGCCGGACUGGAUAACAGGCCCUUGUUUGGGGAGACAUCCGCCAGGGAUCGAAUUGUCAAUUUAGUAGUGGGCGGACUCACAUCUUUACUAGUUCUAGUAACCAUUAUUAGUUCUUUUGUCUUUCCCUCAUUACCUCCAAGACCAUUGAAUAUUUUUUUUACCUUCUGCAUCCUAAUGAUAUGUGGUGCAGUUCUGGUUCUAAUAUUCUGGUAUCGUCAAGGAGAUCUGGAGCCCAAAUUCCGGAACCUGAUCUAUUAUAUCCUGGGUUCAGUAGUUUUGUUGUGUAUAUGUGCCAACUUGUAUUUUCAUGAUGUUGGGAAAUGAAUGAGUGAAUAUCAAGUAUGCCUUAAAGAGCCGCUCACAAAAUGAGAAGCUGUUAAAUGUGAUCAGGUUGUACCUUUCUUGAGCUUAUUAGAUAAUGGAAGCAUUUUGAUGAAAUAGAACCAUUUCAUAAGAUCGUUCAGAAACAAUUUUAAAUAUGAAGGCUUUGAUAUUGCCACCAUGUUUUGCAUGCAGGGUUGCACUUCUGAGCCUAUAAUGUAUUUAUAUGGCAUGUGGAAAAAGGCAAUGUAUCUCAGGUGUGAGUAGACACGCAUGUGAUGUCAUUACUCUAGAUAGGACUGCUGCCAUUUUCCAACUAUAACGCAUAGAACUUGUGGUUUUAUGGGUGGCAACAGAACUAAUCAGUUCUUCUAGAUUAAGAACUGAUUAGUUAAUUCUUUUAGAUGAAUACCAUGAAAUGUCCUAUGUACAUUUCUAGAAUAUCUGCUGGAAUAAUCAACCAAUGGAUCACUGGGUAGAUGGAAUUUAUAUAGAAAGAGAUUUAAAUAAGCCAACAGUCAUGUGGAGACAGUGCUGUGGGAAAAGCCAAGGCUACUUCAGCUUAAACUUUUUUAAGAUAUAAAAAUGUGUGUAUAUGCACAAAUGUGUAUAUAGAAGUGUGUGUGUAUACACAGAGUAUAUACACAUUCACACAAAAUAACUAUUUAUACAUUCCGAAUUUGCAAUAGUUUCUCAGUGCAAUUUUAAAAUAUUUUUCCCCCCUUUGGAGAUUACAUUCCUUUUAUUGUAGCACUUCUGUGAAUAUAUGGCAAAUAAUAAUGUUUAAUUUCUUAUCAUGAUUUCUGAAAAUCACUGCACUUUUGUCAUAUUGUAUAACUGGAGUUCUUUCUAACGGAAUAUCAGUGAGACUGUAAAUCUUCCAUUUUCUAUACCAAAUUUCUGUAAUAAACAGAUUGUUUAUUUUGGAUCUUGUA